AUGGCUGAACAGACUGAGAAGGCUUUUCUCAAGCAACCUAAGGUCUUCCUUAGCUCAAAGAUCUCUGGAAAGGGAAAGCGACCUGGUAAAGGUGGAAACCGUUUCUCCAAGAACAUCGGUUUGGGCUUCAAGACUCCUCGUGACGCCAUUCAAGGAACUUACAUUGACAAAAAAUGUCCAUUCACCGGAACUGUCUCCAUUAGAGGUCGUAUCUUAGCUGGUACUUGUCACAGCGCUAAGAUGCAGAGGACAAUCAUUGUCCGAAGGAACUAUCUUCACUUUGUCAAAAAGUAUCAGAGGUACGAGAAGAGGCACUCCAACAUCCCUGCUCAUGUCUCGCCUUGCUUCCGUGUUAAGGAAGGUGACCAUGUCAUCAUUGGUCAAUGCAGGCCAUUGUCCAAGACUGUGAGGUUCAAUGUGUUGAAGGUGAUUCCGGCUGGUGCUUCUGCUUUCGCAAAGAAGGCUUUCACUGGAAUGUAA